UACGAAAGUAGAAACCUGUGCGGCUGUCUUCUGGAUUGCUGUCUGCACACGCACCGAGCUUUCAACUGCAAACCUUUCAACAAUGGAGUCUUUAUCUUCCUCAACUUUCUUACCUGCUGCAACCAUUAAACCUCAUCCAUUGUCUUCAAGAACCAAACACAAGAGAUGCCCAUGUUCAAUGAAAGUUGUUUCCACCUUUUCAUACCAAAACUUUGUUCAGUUUGCUUUGGAUGAAACCAAACUCUUAACUCCAGACCUCACUCCUUCUUACUUGCAGGAUGAUUUCAGUACCUUAAAGGCAGUGGAUGGGAAGACAGAGCUUAAGAUGUGUUCGUUUCAAGCUCCGAAAAUCAGAUUACUUCGCAGUCUUUCUAUCGAACAAAGUGAUGGCAUGCAGGUGCUAGAUUUGGCUGUCUUCCCCGAAGCAGAAUUUGACCUCCCGAUAUUUUGCGCCAACUUUUUCACCUCCGGUAACACAAAUAUCGUUGUACUGGACCUGAAUCCGUUGCAUGAUGUAAUAAAUGAAACGCCGUACAAGCAAAAGUAUUAUAGAAGCUUGAUUCCUCUCGGCCUGAAGUACGCCGAGCUUUUACCUUGGGGAGGAAAACUCACCGGCGAGUCUUUGAAAUUCUUCUCGCCAAUAGUCAUAUGGACGAGGUUUUCUUCAAGUCAUGAAAAGCACGAUAUUUUGUUUUCGGCAUUCACAGAUUACUACAAGGCUUGGCUCGGUUUGAUGAAUCAGGCAACAAAGGAGACUGACGUUUCUCAAAUAAGUUUGAAUCGUGAGGCGCAACAUAGGUAUUUAACAUGGAGAGCCCAAAAGGAUCCAGGCUACAAUCUUCUCAAAAGAUUAAUUGGGGAGACUCUUGCAGAGGAUGUGGUGAAGAAGUUCCUUUUCAAUGGAGUGAAUGAGCUCGGGAACAAGACGUUUCUAGAUUACUUUCCGGAGUAUGAGCGUGGGGACGGGUCAAUAAAUGAAAAACGAAGCGUUGUUGGCAAGUCGUUUGAGAACCGCCCUUGGGAUGCUCAAGGGGUAUUUAUCGGUGAUACUUUUGGUUAAGUUCAUUGCUAUUGUGUAUGCAUGUUGAUACUUGGUAUGCUUAGUUAAGUUCAUUGCUAUUGUGUAUGUAGUGGAGGAUCAUAAUAUUUGAUUUCGUUGUAUACGAUGUUAGAUUUAAUCCUGUUCAAUAUAUUCGCAUAAUCAUUGACACA